GACGUGUAGUUCCGCUUGUAGGCCGCUGGUCUGGAUAACAGCACACGAAGGAACCAAACAAAACAAAAUUAGGGAAACUUCCAAGGGACUGCAGUAAUACUGGUGCAUAUUUUACACAAUAAUGCCCGGCUUUACUUGCUGCGUGCCCGGAUGCUACAAUAACUCACAUCGGGAUCGCGAUUUGCGAUUCUACACCUUUCCGAAGGAUCCCACUCAGCGAGAGAUAUGGCUGAAGAACAUUUCGCGGGCCGGGGUGAGCGGCUGCUUCAGCACUUUCCAGCCCACCACGGGCCACCGGGUCUGCAGCGUGCACUUUCCCGGCGGCAGGAAAACCUACACCAUUCGCGUCCCGACCCUCUUCCCUCUGCGCGGGGUGAACGAGAGGAAGAGCAGGCGAGGUAGGAGCAGGAAGGUCUCCGCGGUCGUGCCCAUCAUCACCAGCGUCGUUUCCACGGCUAAUGAGUCAGCGGCAGUGGACGAAGAGGGGGACACCGAGAACGCCACCGUGGUGCAGAUAGGUCAGAACGGCCAGUACAUCGCGCCCGUGGACCUCACGUCUACAGGAGACGGCUCCUGCCUCGCAGCGAUGGUCUCGGACUCAGGCGGAAACCUGUCGGGGGGCAGCGCAUCUUGCCCCGUAGCCGACCUCGCACUGUGCGGGGUGGAUCACUCGUACUCGCUAACCACAGGCACAACGUCCGCUGAACUGCUGAGGAAGCUGAACGAGCAGCGGGACAUCAUCGCGCUGAUGGAGAUCAAAAUGAAGGAGAUGAAGAACACCAUCCGACAGCUGCGCGUCAACGAGGCACGGCUGCAGGAGGAGCUGCGGGAGCGGGACCGUCUGAUCUCCGCCAACACCAUUAUUAAGAGAAAACUCUGACGAACAACGCAAAGAAACGAUGGACUUAAGACGCAAAGGACGGUCUGUGUUUGGUGCUUCUGUAAGACAAGGCGACGACAAUUAAGUAUCAUUGUAGUUCUCAUUUACACUUUCUCCAGAACUGGUAGAUAGGCUGUGUGUGUUAGAGCGCAGAUACAGGAGUUCAGCCUGUAUGCACAAGCUGUCGGGCACAGCGCUACACGGGGACUGAGAUGAGUUCAGCAGACUGGUCCUUCUCAUUUUAUAUUUAAUGAUACACGUUUGUGCUGUUUGUGUGUUGAAGACAGCAGACCCAAGAUCUGCUACACUUCAUAACCAUGUUACAUGCACACAGAGACUGCUUCAUAAGUGUGUAAACAACUGCUUAUUAUUUGGAGUUUCUUUCUUUUUUUUUAAUAUCCAAGUGCAGAUCAGAGCUUCUGCUCCAGAUGAACUGUUCUUUACAUGCAGGUUAAUGCAGUUAGAAAAGAUGACUGGUUUGAAGUAAACUGUUUUUGAACUAUAAAUUGUGGGACUCUUUUUGUGGUGUGGUAUUUAAACAAAUGAUUUAGUUCUGAAUCUCUUUUUGUAAGAUUCUUUACCACACAAGUUACAAAUAUAUUGUGCACUAUAAAAAGCUGUUUCUUUUCUAUUUGAAGCCUUGUGGCAUCACAUUUAUUCUUGGAAGCUUCAUUUUAAUGAAUUGUGACCUUGGACCACAAAACCAGUCAUAAGGGUCAAUUUUUUGAAAUCGAGAUUUAUGCAUCAUCUGAAAGUUGAAUAAAUAAGCUUUCCAUUGAUGCAUGGUUUGUUAGGAUAGGCUGAGAUACAACUACUUAAAUCUGUAUUUCUAAAAUUUCUAAAAUAUCUUCAUGGAACAUGAUCUUUACUUAAUAUACUAAUGAUUUUUGGCAUAUAAGAAAAAUCAAUAAUUCUGACCCAUACAAUGUAUUGUUGGCUAUUACUACAAAUAUACCCGUGCUACUUAUGACUGCUUUUGUGGUCCAGGGUCACAGCUGUCUUCAGUAAAGCAUCUUUAAAGGAUUAGUUUACUUCCAGAACAAAUUUACUGAUAAUUUACUCCAUAUAGUGCCCACGAAUUUGAACUUCCAAAAUGCAGCUUACAUGCAGCUUCAAAGGACUCUAAACAAUCCCAGCCAUGGAAGAAAGUAAUAACUAGCGAUCGGUUAUUUAAAAAACUUCAAUCACUGUUUUACCUUUUUUUUUGUAAAGGAAAAAAAAGCAUGUUCACUUUGUAAACACUGGGUCGUUAAUUCUGCAGUGAUGUAGGAUGAUUUUGAAGGAGGAGAAAAUAAGAUGGGAGUUUUUUGACCUAACCUAACUGUCUUGAAU